AGCCGGCCGAGCCAGGAAGAGCCUCCGCCUCCUCCUCGUCCUCCGCCUCCUCCGCCAGCCGAGGCCGGCUCCCUUCCCGGUCCGCCUUCCCGACGGCCGCCCGGCGGUCUUCCUCCCCGGCCAUGUUCGGCCAGCAGCAUCUGCUUCGCUUGCAGCAGCUCCUCCAGCAGCAACAGCAGCAGCAGACCCCGCCGCCGCCCCCCCAACCGACGCCCAGCCGAACGGUGACGCCGUCUCAGCCACAGAUGUUAACUCUGCAGGCCCCCAGUCCGGCAGCCCUGCUCAACGCCAACCCUGUGCUCCAGCGAGCGCUUCUCCUGCACCAAAUGCAAGGUAACCUGAGGGGCUUCAAUGUGGCCGCUGCUCCUGUAUUACAGCAAUUCUUCCCUCAAGCCACUCGUCACUCUCUGCUGGGCCCCCCACCCAUCUCCCUCAAGCCCCCCCACCUGGGUUUCCCAGCCCUCCCAUUUCAUCGCCAGGCGAGGCCCUUUCGAAAGGAUUUUCCCAGGGUCGCGGAGAGGAAGCGAGAGGCAGAAGGCGCCUCAUCAUCCGUCCCGGAGCAAGGCGAGGAAGGGGCUGCACUGGUGGGAAAACAGCCCAGCUCUCCUCCUUCAGAGACCCACCUGGAGUCUUCUGAAGAGGGCGAACCAGCGGCCAAGCUGCCCCGAAGUGAAGUGGAGAUCCCCAAUGCUGAAGAUGCACCAGAGUUUCCCAAAGUAGAAGAUGCUCAGACAGGAGGAGACACAGAAUUCGUGGCAACAGAUGCUGGGGAAGGGGAGGUCACCGCGGAGGCUUCGGAGGAGAACUUUGAAGAGGAGGAGAAGACCUCAGAGGUGCUGAGCAAUGCAGGCGCCUUGAAGGUGACCAUCCAGCAGAGCAGCGAGAGCCGAGCCAUCAGCACCACGCCGGCCCUCAAGCUGGGCCCCUCCGGGCCCCCCCUGCAAGCCCCCCCUGGGGCCACCUUGAAAUUCUACUGCUACAUCUGCAGAAGCAACUGCUACAACCAACAGAAUUUCCAGGCUCACCUGUCAGGGGUUCAACACCAGCAGCGGCUUCAGGAAAUCCAGGAGAGAAGCAACGUUUGCCUCGCCUCCCAGCCGCCUUUGGGGAAGGAGCCAGCGGUGCCAGCCGAGAGAGAUGGCGAGAGCCAGCCACGCUGGUGUAACACCUGCCAGGUGAAUUUCAAAGGUGACCUCAUCAAACACCGGAGGACUCAGGAACACAAGCUGGCCAAACGCUUCCUCCGUCCCUUUUGCACCGUCUGCAGUCGAUACUUCAAAACUCCCCGCAAGUUUGUGGAGCACAUGAAGUCCUUAGAGCACAAGCAGAAGGCUAAAGAGGUGAGACUGGGUGAGAAAGACCUGGGGAGCCCCGAGGAUUCCGAGGAGCUGAUCACGGUGGACGCCGUAGGGUGCUUUGAAGAGCAGGACGAGGAUGAGGAAGAGGAGGAUGAGGAAGCAGGGGAGGGGCCCCAGCUGGAUCCAGCGGAGGCUGCGAAUCAACAGGUUGGGCAGAGAGAAACGUCUGUGGAAGACCCUGGAGGAAAUGCCGAGUAUCGUCCGGACAUGGUCUAUGGCCUGGAAUUCCUGGUGCCCGUGGCGGGAUUCCUGUGCCGGCUGUGCCACAAAUUCUACUCAAGCGACUCGGCCACGCGGCUCACCCACUGCAAGUCCCGGAUGCAUUUCGAGAACCUGCAGCGGUACAGGGCCUCUCAGCUCCAGGCCACUGGCGGACACACAGCGACCCCCUCACAGCUGACGGACUCCCAACCUCCCUCCGCGACCAAAACGCCCGAUCCAGAAGAGGCCGUCACGGGACGCCAGAGAAUCCCGCCCCCUUGCGAGUCCCCCGAGGUAAUCCAGACGUGCUCUGGGUACUUUGAAACGGAGGACAUCUGCGGAGUCCUGGUCAUUGACGAGAGGAGCAGCCCCUCCUCGGCGGGGAGCGAGAGCUCGGUGGGGCACGACGGUGAGGGGUCAGGGGAGGGGGCCGGACUGCACCCCCCGGGAGAACAGCCUGGCUUGGAAAUGCAGCAAAAACUGGCUGUAGAACCUGCCUCAAUGGAGCCAGGAGAAGCCGAACCGAGCGAAGGGCCGGCCAGCCAAGAUGGGGCGCCAUCCACGCCGGGCGAAGGGGAGACGGUCACUACCCCCCGGAGGUCCAGCCGGCGUAGGGCAAGAUGAGAGCAGAGGCGAAGCUAUUUUUCCCCCUCUGUAGUUUCCCCCCCCCCCCCAAGAGUUUCCUUCCCUCCCUUGGCCUUAUGACUUUUAGCAAAAGAGAAACUUCUACUUUUCCUAGUUGGUUGUUUAAAAAAUAAAAUUUAAAAGAAAAA